UCUGAAAUCUUACAACAAUAUGAACACCACGGUCUUCAUCCUCCUCGGUCUGGCAGCCAUUGCUGCUGCAGAUAGCUUCGAGUCCUACGAAUACAGGCCACCACAGAGGCGCUCCUCUGAGGAAUCCUACGAAUCCGGUGAAGCCAAGUACGACUUCCAAUGGGCUGUCGAUCACGAAGACUCUGGCAACAACUACGGACACCAGGAAGCUCGUGACGGUGAAGACACUCAGGGAUCCUACUACGUGCACCUCCCCGACGGUCGCCUGCAGACCGUCAAGUACUUCGUGGACGGCGACUCCGGCUACGUGGCUGAGGUCAACUACGAGGGCGAGGCUCGAUUCCCCGACUCGUACGAGUCUGCUUCCUUCGAGUCCCGCGAAUACAGGCCACGAUACGUCUAUGACUCCAACGAGUCGAAGUAAUGAGUCUGGCUUUAUCGAACUUCUGUAGAUAAGGUUUUCAAAGAUGUUCAAUUUAUAUAUUUAUGUACAAAAUUAAUAAAUCUGCUUUCUGGAACAAAUUUUGAUGCA